CAAAAACACGAGUUCUCCACUUGUUCUGGUGUUCUUGCUGCUCUUGGAGGCGAUUCUUCGAUCUCUCUCUACAGCCCAUCAUUUGAGCUGAGAUUUUGAACAAAUACUCCCUGAAAUGAGUUUGUUAGGAAGGGCAAAGGGGUGGCUUGAGAAGAGGAGGUCCACGCACUCCGAUCGAGUCACUAGAGCCGCAGCUUCACCCUCGAUUGCUAGGGUGAGCUACAACGAAGAUCAUGUGCCCCUGGAGUUGUUGGAAGACACAAGUCCAGCACGUGCUAUGACGUUUCCAUGUGAUGAAUUCCUUGAAGCUGCGGGAAUCAAGGAUGAGUUUUAUAAUCUUUGUGCUAAUGCAGGUCUGACACGGCUCGUCACGUGCCGUGUUACUCAGUAUCAAAAACUCACCUCCAGUUUCAUUAACAGUUUUAGAUAUAAUCCUGAUUCAGGUGCUAUUGAGUUUAAAAUUUACAAUGAUCUUAUCACCAUGACUUUGGGAAAGUUUUGUGAAAUAAUAGGUGUGCCGAACGUUGGGAGGACGGCUAGGAUGACCACUCAGCCCUCCGAGUUGAAAACCGUCUUCAACUCUCUCUGCAGCAUGGAUACGAGGGAUAUUCAUCGGUCAAAGAUCUCUAGCAUCUUAUUCCCUCACCUCAGGUAUUUUGCAUAUUAUGUUGCUAGAGGGGUGUUAGCUCAUGACAACACGAGCAACACUUCUGCGCCGGAUAUUGCUAUCCUGGCAGCAGCCCUCUCAGGGAGAUCUGAUUAUAAUCUGGGUGCCUUAAUUGCUCGACGCCUUGCUAUGAACGGCAACAAGGGAGACUUAUAUGAUGGCGUUUAUGCCACACUUAUUUUAGAACAUCUUGGAGGCACCCCACACCCUGAUGAUAAUCCUUUUACUUAUUUAAGCUUUGAUCUUGCUGCUAUGAAAAGGCAUAAGUUUGUUACCAUGACUUCUGAGCUUGAUAAUCUUGUUUAUAUCUUGCGUUUCGGAACUACCGCGGAACGCGAGAUCCGUCUACCUGCACCUCUUUUGUUUGAUUUUUCUCGUAGGAACGGAUGGUCCUUUGAUGUUAUCCAGUUCGAUGAGUUCAUGGCCCAGCAUCAGUUUCAUCACCCCAUGGAGGGAGUUGUGCCCGACGAGGAGGAGCACGGUGAGUUACCACCUUUUCAGGAAGAAACCGCCACCGAGUUUGGUGAAGGGUCUUCCUCUGUUUGGCGUACGGACCCUUCCUCAUGGGAGACUCCGAGGAGUUCGGUGUAUGCGCCAGCAUCCUUCUACGACCCUUGGACUCACCAUUGUUCCCCCGGAGCAGGAGGCUCCUGGGGACAGUAGCUGCUACCAACUUAGGCCAAAAGCCUAAGCUUGGGGGAGUACGUGCCCCUCUCACUUUUCCAUUGUGUUAUCCGUUUUAUUCGCUUUGAUCUUUUCGAAGUUUUUGCCCGUUCUUCUUUAUUUCUCUCUUUGCAAAAACAACAAAAAGAUUUUCUCUUUCUUUUGCUUUCGUUCAACCUUUGAAAUAAUCCAAAAAUAUUUCCUUUUUCUCUUUAGUUUGCUUUAUUCUCAGAGUUCAGCUCGAGUCCGUGAUGGCAUUUAAUUAUAUUUCCUACGUUCGAUCGUGCAAGUGACAAGGCAGUAAUGAUGAAGAUCGACUGAAGGGAAGAAACAAGGAAGACCGGUAUGAACUCUUCUUGUUUCUACUUUUGUACAUAUGCCUGUACUUAUGAUCUAGAGACCAGCUUGUAGCGACAUAGUGCUAUGUUUACAAUGCUCUUCCAGUGGUUCAUGCUUUCCUUGUGGCUAGUCUCGAAUAGCUAGAGUAUAUAAUGUGUUAUUGAAAUGAUUUACAUGCAUUGCACUGUUCAUAGUCUGGUAUACUAAGGUGGUAUUUCCCUUUGGAGAAUUUUUGGAUUGACUUGGCACAUGUUCACACAUGUUUAAGACUAAAAAGUCUGCUCUGCCUUGAUGAUCUUUGAGUUUCAGAAUAGUUAUAUCACUUUCAUGCCCGAUUCAAUGUUGCUUUGUCGCUCUGCAUGAUUAUGGCCGUUAUUGCUCUCUAGUUGGUCGCUUCCCAGUCUUUUGCUAACCUCCACCUGUACUAAGCGGACUGACUGCUUGUGCAUCCAAAAUCCUUAAAACCUGUUAUGCCAUAUGAGUCCACCAUACCUUCCUAUACAUGGUAUUUACCUGCCAUUCCUAACGAAGACUUUCGUGUACCAUCUCGAAAUUAAUCUAAAGCAUUUCUCUUUUUGUGCCUCUGUUUUAGCUCAUGAGGAAGUAGUAGUUAAUUCAUGAUCUUUUUAAGUUGGACAAGUUUCACCCCGGGAUUGCAUGUCUAAUGUGCAAACCCCUAAUACGAGAAGGAACUGGCAUAGAGUGCGCCUGGCUCAUAAAAGAUAAUACAACAAACAAACCCUCCUUCACGUUUUGUUCAUGAGAAAUCAGAAAACUUUGGCAGUGAUAAACAAAGGAGAUAGGGAGCCGUUCCUCGAGACUUGUCCAGCUCAAGAAGUGAUUGAGUUAUCUGCUAGCAUUCGUUGACGAAAUAUGCACCUCUCAAAAGCAUUUUUUACCUCUGUUUUUAAAACCAAGAGCUCUGGUACAUGUUUAGUUUUUGUUUCCGACCACGGGUUUUCAACCUUGCCAACAAAAGCCACGGUUCGAGAGUCUCCACCUUCUUUCUUCAAAGCACCAACUAGGAGAGCAUAAUUGUCAUUCUGAGUGUAAUGUGCAUUGUCCCAAAGUAUUACAUUGUCUUCUGCAUGCUUGUGAUAUGAUUUAUUCUGAAAUUCUUAGUUCUAGUCUCCUUUAAAACUCUGGAGGAGUUUCUGCAUUUAUGUUUUGCUUCACUCAUGGAGGCUAGCGAGAUACCACCCUAAUAUGCUCAAGCUAUGUGCAAUGUAAUCUUGUCUUGAUUUUCAGUAAUAUAUUGUUUACUUUUAGGUAUUUGUGAUUGGUCACUUGAAAGAAGGAUUGCUCCGUGCAUUGUCCUCAUAGUACUGUUUCAAUACUUGCUAGACUCUUUUCGUAGUACAUGCUUAUAUACAUCUAAUGAAACAAAAGAGUUUGUCAAAGUUUCCUUUGUCGCGUCCAGUUUGUUGAACUGAAUUGCUUGAGGACAAGCAAUAUGCUAAGCUUGGGGGAGUUGAUACGUCUAAAACGUAUCUACUUUUCCAAACACUUUUGAUAUUGUUUUGACCUCAUUCUUGCAUGAUUUGAACUAAACUAACCCGGACUAACGCUGUUUUCAGUGGAGCUGCCUGUAUGGUUUUAUUGUGUGCAGGAAAACGGAUUUUUAGGUAUCUCAGAAAAUUCCACGAAAAAUCACAGAAAAUCCACGCACCCGAAGGAACCGGAGCCAGAAGAGGGGCCAGAGGGGGGCCAGGGGGGCUCCAGGUGCCCUGUUGGCGCGGCCCACCCCCUGGCCGCGCCGGGAGGCCGCCUGGGUGGGCCCCACCUCCCCUGGUGCCCUACUUUGACCCGUAUUUUAGCUCGUGACGGAGAAAUCCCAGAUCAGAAGUUCUUUUCCCAGUUUUCAUCGCGGAGCCGCCGCCACCCUCUGUUCUUCUUCGGGAGGGCUAAUCUGGAGGCUGAAUUGGCCUCCGGAGAGGGGAGAUCGUCGCCAUCGUCAUCAUCAUCACCACUCCAUCAUCCCUCCAUGACUUCUCCUUCCAUGUGUGAGUAAUCCCCUGCUGUAGGCGAAGGGGAUGGUAGGGAUUGGAUGAGUUAGAUCAUGUAAUAGUUUGUCAGAUCGUUGGGGGCAUGUUGCCUAUCAUCUACUAUGGUGUUUAUCAUCUUUGCUUCAACUUGUUAUUCUUAAUGCUUGUCACUUAGGGCCCGAGUGCCAUGAUUUCAGAUCUGAACCAUAUGUG